AUGACCUCGAACGACCGCCACGCCUCCCACGAUUCUCCCUACCGCACCGGUCGCCACAUCCCCCUGCCCCAGAGCCGUCAUGCACCCCUCACAUCCAUCGCUGCCUCCGCUGCCGAGUCCCGAGCAGACCUCUCCUCUCCAUACUCGCACGAUGAGCCCGCCACAAGCAAUGGCUUCAUCGGCUCUCCCAAGGGCCCAAUCUCCCCUAGCUCCCCCUACUCGCCCGGAAUGCGUUCCCUAAGUCGCCAAGCCACUGCCGAUUCCGACACGUUUGACAAGGGCCCCAAUGGAGAGAUCCAGAUGCAGGACUUUGCCGCAGGCCUUCCCCCGCCGCCGCCGCCUUCGCACUCGUGGAAGCGCAUCGACCGUUGGGCCGAGGAUCACUACGAGGAGCUCUUCGACCAGCUCUGUGAAGGUGCCACCGCGAAUGACGUGAACGAGUUGGAGCAUGAGUUGGAUGCCACAUUGCCACAGGAUGUCCGCGAGUCGUUGCAGAUCCACGACGGCCAGGAGCGUGGUGGUCUCCCAACGGGUGUUAUCUUUGGCUGCAUGUUGCUAGACUGUGAGGAAAUCGUGAUGGAGUGGAUGAACUGGCGAAAGGUCGCCGACGAGUUCCUCAACUCGAAACCAGACUUCCGGACUCCCCAGAUCCCCGUCAAGGCGUUUGCCGGGUCAUCGACCGCACCGCCGGUCGCCGACGUUCCCAAGGCCAGCAACCCGCUCUGGAGACAGGAUCUUCUCGCUCGCCAGGACUCCCAGCCUCCCAACACUGUCCAGAAGGCCUAUGCCCACCCUGCUUGGAUUCCUCUCGCCCGCGACUGGGGAGGCAACUACCUCGCCGUCGAUCUCGCCCCUGGCCCGGCUGGUGAGUGGGGUCAGAUAAUUAUCUAUGGCCGUGAUUACGAUUGCAAAUAUGUCGUUGCUCGCUCAUGGGGAGCACUACUGGCCAUGGUUGCAGAUGACAUCGGCUCGGACAAGGUUCACAUCGACGAAGACUCUGGUGAAUUGAAGCUUCUCGAGUUUAAGAAGCGACAGAACGUCGAGCCCCCCUAUCUUGAGAUUCUCCGCUGGCGCUGCGACCAGAAGCACGGGCGACGACCGCCUAAGAGGCGCCCCCAGAGCCAGCUUCGUGUCAAUUCGAACGUACCCGGGGCGGCAGGCCCAAGCAGCACAGGAAGCAGCCCAUACUCGAGCCCAGUGAUCGGCCCCGAAGAGCGCGGCCGAAGCCCCCAUCGUCUGUCCCAAAAGGCCAAAGGCAUUAGCCCAAGAGGCAAGCUCUCGAGUCCAUUGGCAAGGGUUGCCGAAGAGGUUCCCCAGCCUAUUCGUGUCCACACCGAUCUGGACGCCAAAGCCGGAGCAGCAGAUAACCUAAUUUCCGUGGACACUCCUCGACCGAGUGAUGACUUACCUACAGCAAGGGCCAGCCUGAGCAGCGAUAAGGAGAACAAGGAGAACAAGGAGAAGCCCCGCCCUGGAUCUCUCAAGAGCCCGGUUGCAGACGCCUCCGAACUCAAGACGGUGGAGAUAUAG